AUACCUGAAAAUGGUUUAAGUCACUUAUCAGAACGCCUGCUCUUGUUCCGGCAUGACUACAAAAGUUCAAAUAUACUUCAACUGGUGAAUUCGGCUUCAGAUGUAGUGGAUGAAACUCUUAUUGAAAUUGUUCUGACAUCAUCUCCGAUCAUUUAUGCAAAUAAUCACGAUGAUAUUCCAACGAUUCGACCUCACACACUUGCGGUACAUUCAUACAAAGCACCAACAUUUUGUGAUUACUGUGGUGAAAUGUUGUUUGGUUUAGUACGACAAGGGCUUAAAUGUGAGGACUGUAGCAUGAAUUUUCAUAAGCGAUGCUGUAACAAGGUUCCAGAUAACUGCAGUAAAGCUGAUCCAUCUCGACGUUCAUCGUCUCUUCAACCUCCACGUGUUCCUUCAGCAGCGUCAAGCAAUAAUUCACUUGCUUCCGCAUGCGAUGAUAGCUCAAGUUCUACAGCCACAUCAUCAUUGCAAAUACCAUCUAAUCGAUCAAACCGAUCGUCAUCAGCUGGAAUUCGAAAUGGGAUUGGAUUGAUAGAGCGAAAAAUUCCACACACUUUCUCGGUUCAUACAUAUACACGACCGACAGUUUGUCAAUUUUGUAAAAAACUACUACGUGGAAUUUUUAAGCAAGGCCUUCAAUGCAAAGAUUGUCAGUAUAAUGCUCAUAAAAAAUGUAUUGAUAAAGUGCCAAAAGAUUGUCCCGGGGAAAAAGAGCCAAAUUUUAGCGAACUAAACGACAGCAGCAUUAGUAGUGAAAGUGAAGUAUAUUUAAAGGACGAUUCAAAUGAUAGCGAUAACGAAGAGUCUCCAAAUAAUAAUAAGCAAAAUGUAACACCUUCUGGUUUAUUCAAUGGCUCAAUAUACCGUGAUGUGGAUAAUGAUGCCUCACAAGAUGAACAUUCGACAACUGACUUUGUGCAACCGAUGUCAAGUAGUGCCAACAUUCCGCUAAUGAGAAUUGUACAAUCAGUAAAACAUACAAAACGACGUAGUGGCCAAGUCAUCAAAGAAGGCUGGCUUGUUCACUAUACAAACAAGGAUAAGACUGUAAAGAAACAUUACUGGCGGUUGGAUUCAAAAGCAAUAAUAUUGUUCAUAUCGGAUCAUGGCAGUAAAUACUUCAAAGAAAUUCCAUUGAAUGAAAUUAUUUCAAUUGAUACAGCACGCAACCUUAGUGGCAACGAAUCUCAUUGCUUUCAAAUACGUACAACAAAUGUUGACUACUUUGUUGGACAAGAUCCCCUGUUGAGUUACAAAAUUGGAGAACCUCUUUUGAUUCCGCCACCCGAUUCCGGGGUAGGAGCACAUCUAGCAAAAAGUUGGGAAAUAACUAUCCGCCAAGCAAUGAUGCCAGUCACCAACUAUCGCCAAUCCUCAGAAUUUGAAGAAAACGUUCAAGACAUUAGUAAAUUAUAUCAAAUAUAUGCCGAUGAAGUUCUAGGAUCUGGACAAUUCGGUAUCGUUUAUGGAGGCGUUCAUAAGAAAACUCACCGUGAAGUAGCAAUUAAAGUGAUUGACAAACUUCGGUUUCCUACAAAGCAGGAGGCUCAAUUGAAAAACGAAGUAGCAAUUUUGCAAAACAUCUCCCAUUGUGGUGUCGUAAAUUUAGAAAGAAUGUUCGAAACUCCUGAAAAGAUCUAUGUAGUAAUGGAAAAACUGAAAGGGGAUAUGUUGGAAAUGAUCCUAUCCAGCCCACGUGGAAAAUUAAACGAACGCGUUACAAAAUUUCUUAUAACACAAAUUUUGAUAGCUUUGAAGCAUUUGCACAGCAAAAAUAUCGUGCAUUGUGACUUGAAACCAGAAAACGUUCUUCUGUCGACUGAUUCUGAGUUCCCACAAGUAAAAUUAUGCGAUUUUGGUUUCGCCCGAAUAAUUGGUGAAAAAUCGUUCAGACGUUCUGUUGUUGGAACGCCUGCCUAUUUAGCGCCCGAAGUUUUACGAAAUAAAGGAUAUAAUCGAUCAUUGGAUAUGUGGAGUGUCGGCGUUAUUAUUUAUGUAAGCCUAAGUGGAACAUUUCCGUUCAAUGAAGACGAAGAUAUAAAUGACCAAAUUCAGAAUGCUGAAUUCAUGUACCCACCAACACCAUGGAAAGAAAUUUCAAGUGAAGCUAUCGAUCUUAUUAAUAAUCUGCUGCAAGUCAAACAACGGAAGCGAUUUACUGUAGAUAAAAGUCUGCUACAUUCAUGGUUACAAGAUCGGCAAACUUGGCAAGAUCUAAGAACACUUGAAAACCAAGUAGGUGUUCGUUAUUUGACCCACGAAUCAGACGACAUACGUUGGAAUCCCAUGCAACAUGACUGAAUAAUUUGUUGAAUACCAAUCUGAUGAUUAAAGCUGUUUAAUAAUAUUUGGUUACAAAUUAUUCAAACUAUUUAUUCAUUGUUGUUCGAUUUUUAAUGAUACAGUUAUCUCAAAAGUCAAA